UACUGCUCACACUCAUCUAUUACUGGGGUAACACUUUACAAUAAGGUUCAUUAGUUAAACAUUAGUUAAUGUAUUAACUAACAUGAACUAACCAUGAGCAAUACAUUUGUUACUGUAUUUACUAAUCUUCGUUAACAUUAGUUAAUGAAAAUACAGUUGUUCAUUGUUUGUUCAUGUUACUUCACAGUGCAUUAACUAAUGUUAACAAGAUUUUAAUAAUGUAUUAUUAAACGUUGAAAUUAACAUUAACGAAGAUUAAUAAAUGCUUUAUAAGUGCAGUUCAUUAUUAGUUCAUGUUAACUAAUGUAGUUAACUGAUGUUAACUAAUGAACCUUAUUGUAAAGUUUUACCUUUCUGGGUAUGCCAUAUAUGGUACGGUUUGAACUCUGAGUACUAUGAUUGGAUGCCCAGGACAUCCUGGAUGUUAUUGCAUUAGCUUUGAGGCUUCAGAUAGUCUACCUAAAAAUUAAUCUAACAGAUCUGGCGGCUCGCCUGGGAUAUUCCCAAGAAACAUUGGACAGAAAUAUAUACUUUCUUACAAAAAUGUUUUCAGGGAUCCUCCUCAGUCUCUCACUGAGCUUAUGGUUCUGUGACGCUAAAUCAAUGGGAGCCAUGCAUGUAGAAACAGAAGCUUUUUGUAUUAAAAGCAGUGAUACCAACAGCAACCAUGAGCUUGGAAAACUUCUGGAUAGAAUUAAAUAUGUUGCUCGAAGCUGCAAAGAAAUUCUUGACAAAUAUCAUGUUUAUGAGGAUGGCCUGUACUAUCUGAUCUCACCAAGAGGGGUCCUUUACCAGACGUUUUGUGAUAUGACCACUGCGGGCGGCGGCUGGACGCUGGUGGCUAGCGUUCAUGAAAACAACAUGUAUGGAAAGUGUACUGUUGGUGAUCGCUGGUCUAGUGAGCAGGGCAGCAACGCAAACCGGCCUGAUGGUGAAGGAACAUGGGCAAACAGAGUCACAUUUGGAACUGCAGAGGCCGCAACAAGUGAUGAUUAUAAGAAUCCUGGAUACUUUGAAAUUGCGGCACAGGAUGUGUCUGUGUGGCAUGUUCCUAAUAAUAUGGCGUUGGAAAACUGGAGCACUGCCUCCAUCCUGAGAUACCACACUGAAAAUCGCUUUUUAACUCUACACGGAGGAAACCUUCUCAAUUUAUUCAAGAAAUUCCCUGUGAGGUUUGGAAUUGGGACUUGCAACACUGAUAAUGGACCUACUAUUCCAAUAGUGUAUGAUACUGGAAAUGUGGAUUCUACCAAAAAACUGUAUGGACCUAAUUCAAGAGAAAUAUUUGAGCCUGGAUUCAUCACAUUCAGAGUCUUCAAUACUGAAAAGGCAGCCAUGGCAAUUUGUUCGGGCGUUAAACCAACUGGUUGUCACACUGAACAUUUCUGUAUUGGUGGAGGUGGACACUUUCCUGAGGGGGUCCCUAAACAGUGCGGGGACUUUACGAGUUUCGACUGGGAUGGCUAUGGUACUAAUACAGGAUGGAGUGCUUCCAAAGAGAUAACUGAAGCAGCUGUACUUCUUUUUUAUCGCUGACAAACUAAAAUUACUUGCUUCUUUUCCUUCAGUCAGAGAUAUACCCCAUUAAUUAAUAAUCUGAAUGCUACACAAUAAUUUGCUCAGAUGUAUUUCUUUACAAUAUAUCUUUUAUAUUGGUCUAUAAUCAAAAUGUGUAUGGUGUUUGUAAAUGAUAAAAAAAAAAAAAAAAAAA